AGGACAUUGUAGGCGAGUCACUAUUUGACGCUUAGCCUUUUGAACCAUGGUAUGACGUUAACCCAUCUCCAACCCCCCAGACUUGAAUGCGCAACUAGAAACCAGAAAUGAUCAUCACGUAACACUUUUAGCACCAUAACAUGCUCACUAAAACACUACAAUACUGACCUGCCAAUCUGGGCGAUUACUACGAAUUGCCGUUCGAAAAGUUGUUCCAGAACUACAAAAUCCCUGUGUUCUAGACUAGCAACGGAGUUCGACGUAACUUGUUUACAGUUGCGACUAGCCGUUCGAAGAGACGGACGUACAUUUCAGUUCCUCUGGUGCUUAGUUUAGACUCCUGACGAUAUGUCCAGAAGACGCGGCAGACGGAGACACCGGCGGGCCCGGGCGGUCACCUUUCCGUCCUUUGUUCCCUCAGACAGUCAAGCUGACAAGAAAGAUGGACGUCAGCGGUACCUCAAAGUAGCUGUGAUGCUACUCUUUGCUGUGACAUCGGUAGCUGCCAUGACGUUCACAGUACAGUCCUUCUCCAGAACCGAUGUAGAUGUGUCUGCCACCAACUUUCCCCUGUAUCGAAGCUGGGGAGACUACCGAGCAGAUAGUGAUAAUGUAGCUGCUGUGACUACUAGUAUCACGGUGCCAUCCAGCUACAACACCGAUGUGAAUGCCACCAAUGUGAAUGUCACCGAUGGGAAUGCCACCAAUGAUCCCUCGCACCAAAGCUGGGAAGACUUCCCAGCUGGUGCCGCAGAUCCCGAAGGCUUCUCAGGAUCCGGGCAGAGCGGAUGGGAUAGUGUCCGGGCGAAGCGCGACUUUGCUGAAGACGACUCUCCAGAUCAUCGCGUUCCCGACGCCAUGAGAUCGAGUGAUGCCCCUCCAUUGUUUGAUCCCAAGUCCACGACCCCUCCGACAGGUGACAUGAAGAAUGCCAAAGUUCCUGAGCAGACGGAGACUCUCGAGUCCGAGGGCUGGAAAAGUUUCCGCGUUCAGGAGUUUCCCACGGCUAACGAUCACACUCAGGUCCCAACGGGGGAGCCACAGCUUGGAGGUGAAGAGUGGGAUGUAUACGAGAACUGGGGCUUCACGGCCGAAGAUAACCACCGCAGCACCGUGAGGGUUCGCCGCCCUGUGUCAAAUAUACCCGACGACUCCUCUCCAGAGACCUACGACAGCCCCGCCGCUAACAUGACCCAGCUUGAGCUCAAACCGAACUCUUCACUUGAGAGGAAAGCCAGCGGUGACAUCGACAAAACGGGCACUACCUCUAUGGACAAUGUACGAAUGGUGAACACCACAGAUUUGAAUCUGUACCUGGAUGCCGUGCUGACCGACAGCAUGAAGAGUCGCGAGAGAAAGCACCGGGUCAUCAAACGUAUCAAGAAGGCCCGAGCCAUCGUGCUGGCUGUGGUUGGUGUGCUGAUAGCGGGAGUGGGAGCGUACACGUUCCUGACGUAAAUUCCGCUCUGCAAAAUUCAGCUGUGUGAAAACAGUCUUGACUUGUUCGAAACUUUGAGUUAUGAUGUGUUGCAUGUAGAAUUAUACUCCUUACAACAAUAAGAACCGAUCAUAUUCUACAAAGAUGACACUGGUGCUAAGCCUAUAACCUGAUCUUAGCAAAAAAGCUUAACAGUUCUUGUAUUGCCAUUGAUGACAUUUACUUGCAUGGAUGUCGACUGAUCAGUCUGGACUAUGUGAAACCUCCAGUUACACGUGAGUCGUAUGUAGCAUUUGUCCCUAAUAGUCUAUAAAGCUGAUGAAAAUAAAAACAGUCUUGGUGGGAGGCAGGUAUCUCUUACCUUUCAAUUGAA